AUGUAUGUGAAAUGGUUUAAUAUAGUAAUGUUUUACUAUGUGAUUUUAGUGAAUGUCACUUUUUGUCAUUUUCAAAUUUCCCGCCGUUCCGUCCCCGUACGUUCCGACGUCGCAGGGGACGGAACCCAGAAGACAGAUGCCGGCAUCCGCCGGAGGACAUUACAGAGGACACUGCAGGACAUCGUGGGAGCGCAGGACAAGGUAAGAGAAGAACAGAUCCCGGAGCAGCGCCGCAUGGUAAGUCCGAGUGUAGCUCGGGGUUACCGCCUGUGCUACAUUUGGGAAUACCGCCAGGGAGGCUACGAA